CAAGCUGUGCUGUUGUUUGCCGGCGACGCUAGGCGAGGAAGGCCUCGACAUGUUGAGCUCUGCGCCCUGCGCCCAACAUGUGCCCUGGGAGUACUUCGGUGGCAGUGGCUCGUCACGCUCCUCCCGCUCCCGCGCGACGCCGACCUCGACACCGCCGCCGGCCGUUUUUUGGCUGUGCGGGCCGCGCCUUGGAGCGUGGCCAUUGCGUAGCACUUUGGCUGCAGCAGCCUGCUUGGUGCUUCGGAAGAGUGGUCGAGGAGCAGUCCACCUCAGACAUCGCAGCGAUUGCGUUUUGGUGAUGCGUGCCCGAAACGACGGCUGGUUCGACACCGUGAAGACCACGGAGUUGGAAGAAGCUUUGCGGGCAUUGGGCUUCGAUGCUUUUCCCAAGAUGCAAAAUCGACAGCAGGUGGCCUCGUGGAUUCAGAAGCUGCGGAUCCCCUACGAGUUGCUCGAAGGAGCCUUGAAAGAGGUGCGACAAGCGCGGAAGGCCCAAGCUCGACGGAGAAGGGGCGAGGCGAAAGCCUCGAAAGCCUCGAAAGCCUCGAAAGGGGCCGAAAAAUCCACGACACGCAGAUCCAGAGAUUCCGAGGCCAAGGAUGGCGCCAAAAAAAAGAAACGGCAGACCAAGUUUAAAGAUGCGGGGCUCAACAAGUUUUCGGAGGCUGAGCUGCGAACUGUGCUGAACAUGUGCGAUGUGCAGGGCACGUCCAUGUGGCCUAAGGAGGACUUGGUGCAGAAAUUGCGCAGCAUGGGUUUGAGGCAACGAGACGUGCAGGACGUGUUGAAUGAGGUGGCCCCUCAAUCGCGACCUCCGCGCUCGGGGAGGAGUAGCUCCAGAAAUCGGAAACAAAGGCCCAGAAGCCGCGCGGAGCGCGAGUUCUAUGGCUAUGCUUCGCCUUCCGACCAGGACUUUGUACGGGAGUUCAUAAGAGAAGAGUACGAUGACUGGGACGAUCGCUACGAUGAUGUGGACGACUAUUUCGACUUCACCAUGGACGAUGAACCUUGGGAGUCCAUCCCUUGGGAUUUUGACGACUACCUGGAUGACGCGCACGAAGAGACGCAAUACCGGAGCUCGAGGAGCCAGGCUGGACCAACGCAAGACUAUUACUACUACGAUCCCGGGCAAGAUCCAUGGACACGGACGUACUCGGCAGCUCCCAACGAACCGCCGUGGCAAGCUUCCAGUUGGCCAAAGCAGCCGAAACUGACCCCAGAGGAGACCAUGAACCAAGCCCUCAAGGAAGGAUGGAAAAGCGAUUCUUUGUCCCACAUGCAGGCGCUGUUGCUGCUGGGCCUCUCCGGGCGUCCCUCGCCACAAGAGGUGUCCAAGGUGCGCAGGCAGAUGGCGCUGCGAUGGCAUCCGGACAAGAAUCCGGAGAAUGCCAACGCCAAUGCGGCAUUUCAGCUCGUGAUGGCAGCGGCUGUCAAGUUAAGUUAGUACCAGCGGCGAUCUCAGGGAGUGGGUCCC